AUGUCCUAUUCCUAUCUAUUCAAGUAUAUAAUCAUAGGUGAUACCGGUGUUGGCAAAUCCUGCUUACUUUUACAAUUUACCGAUAAAAGAUUCCGCCACGAUCACGAUCUUACAAUUGGUGUCGAAUUUGGCUCAAGAACAGUCCAUGUAGAAAAUAAGAACAUAAAGCUUCAGAUAUGAGACACAGCUGGUCAAGAAAGCUUCAGAUCUAUCACAAGGUCUUAUUAUAGAGGUGCUGCUGGAGCUUUAUUAGUCUACGACAUCACUAGAAGGGACACGUUUUUGCAUCUGAAUUCAUGACUUCAGGAUGCUAGGGAAAAUGGGAAUUCUGGGAUGUCUAUUAUUUUGGUUGGAAAUAAAACAGAUAUAGAGUCACAUCGAAUGGUUAGCACUGAAGAAGGGUUGAGAUUUGCAAGAGAAAAUAACUUAUUGUUUGUGGAAGCGUCAGCGAAGAAUGCAAGCAAUGUUGAAGUGGCAUUUAUGGAUGUUGCAAAAGCUAUUUAUGAAAAAAUCAAAGAAGGGACAAUUCAUCCUUCUGAUGAAAACAGUGGAGUCAGAAUGGGGCCUUCUGUAGCUGCAAAUUCAAGAUUAGCGAAAAAGCAGACUAAUGGUGGAUGUUGUAGUAAUUAA